AUGCCUACAUUCAGGCACAUACGCAACCGCUACGGUACGCCACCAAAGCUGCAGGUCAAGGGCCGUAGCUCACGCGGCGACCUCGGAGCCAACCAACCAAAACCACGACAGUCACAGGACGCUCCCACGCCGACUGAACCUUGUCCCAUUUGCCUCGAGGUUGUUGGUUUGCCCGCCGCCGAUGGCUCUGUCGAGUCAUGGUCGAUUCUUCCAUGCGGUCACCGUUUCGGCAGUUACUGCGCAAAGGCCUGGCUCGGCACCGGCCCAAUGUCAGACCCGGCCGACAUUCAGAUAGGUGAUGACCGAGUUCCGGGCAGCCCAAAUCCUAGAGCGCCUAGUAUUGAGCAGGAAGCACCACACGAACAGGAAGUCGAUGAGGCCGUGGCCCUUGGCCAGGCCAAUGAGCCUCACAGCGUCAACAACGAGAACGACAACAAUGCCAUCGACCAGAACAACGCAGACGACAACCAGGAGGCUCAGGGGCCAGGCCAAGCGGAAGUAAAGAGCGACGCUCGAGUUGCUGCUCCGCAUGUCCCGUCGUCUCCGAGUGGCAUCCAACCCCCCCCUCCAGACGAACCCGGUCCGGACAACAACGGCGAAGCGGACGUCGUGCAAGAGUCAGUGGCGGCACCAGAGGCAGAGAAUAUCGCACCACCCGCCAUUGUGGCUGCCCCUCAGCAACAACAUUUACCAACACUCGCUGUCGAGGUUGCACCAGCUGAACCUGAUGCAGCACAACCAGCUCAGCAACCCGAAACGCAGCCGACACCACCGGCUGCAGCCCCGGCUGUUGCACCGGACGAACCCUUCCCAUUGGUCGAGUUCGAUGACUAUGAUCUCAUGGUCAGGAUUAUCCGCAGAAGUCCAAAUCGGAUGCCAAUGUUCAUGACCAUGGCCUAUCCAGAGACAGUGAAUCUGAAAAUUUCGUGUGCCUUCUGUUACAUGGGAAUCGAAUAUAAUCGCCACCUUCUCUGGCAGAAGGUUCAUGACAUGGACCGUCGUGACCGCCCGAGUCGAAUUCCCGGCAAGAAACUCGUCGUCACGGGUGCGAAGCACUUGACGCACCACAGCCACACAGCGUAUCGCGCGAUCCGCGCGCAUAUCGGCAACAAUCGACACAGAUACGCAAAGCCCACCGCGGACGAGAAACAGACAGUUGAUGCGUACGUGGAGGCGUGCAAAGAGGCACACGACUUGGACUUUGGGCCGUGGUGGGCUCAGCAACCACCAAAGUCCGAUCCAGCCAUGGAUGUGCGGCAAAACAACCCUAGUAUUUGGGCGCAACACUAA